AUGUUGAUGAUAAACUUUAUCCUCGAAGUUCUGGGCUGUUGGAGGAAGUUACCAAGAAUAUUCAAGAGCAUAUAUAGUAAGAAACUUGGUAUAGAAGAAACUGAAGCCUCUCAAAUGAAUGGUGUUCUGUACAAGAGUUAUGGCACAUCCAUGGCAGCUCUCAAGGCCAUUGGUUAUGAUUUUGACAGCGACGACUAUCACAGAUUUGUUCAUGGGAGAUUGCCAUUCGAGAGGCUAAAGCCUGACCAUGUUCUAAGAAGUCUUUUGCUUAGGCUGCCUUCUAAUUUAAUACAAGUAGAUAAUCAACUACAAAUUAAGCUUUCUUAGUUCUGAUGAUGAUUUUUUUUUUCUGGGUUUUAUGUAAUAGAUAUUCUCAAAUGCCGAUCAAGCACUUGUGGCUGAAGUUCUCAGCAGUUCAAGCUUUGAGGCCCUAAUAAUCCCUUUAAUUACGAAGACAUCAAUGCUUGUGAUGAAAUUGGAGUUCGGCUAUACAUCCAAAAGCCAAAUUCUUGACAUCAUUGAACAUCCUUGUCCGUCUAAUCCUGUUUGAGUACUUCAAAAAACUCCAGUUGUCUGCAAACCUAAUGAAGCAAUAAUUCUUCAUAAAUUGUUAUAGAAAACCUUGAUUUAUGAAUUUUUUUUUUCAAGGCAAAACAAUCCUUAGUGUCAUGCUCCAAUGCAAGCUGAAUAGGUAGCACUUGUUUUGGUAUUUGUGGUAAGGGUCUCCUUUCAUAAAUGAUUGUUAAUAGAAGAAUUUCUUUGGAAAGUAGUCAUCAUUUUAAUUUGAGUUGCAUUCAAUAGAAUCUAUAAUAGUUUUGAAUCAGUAGGGUGAUUGUAAGGCUCAAGUUUUGGCCUUUAAGCCUAAAAACCCAAAGCCUAUAAGUUCAGCCAUAGUCCCUAAAUUCAAGUAUAAAUAGUCAGAA